AUGGAUGCAUACGACUUGUUCCGUAAGCUGGGAGCGGGGGCCAAGUUUGACUUCAAAAAGUUCGGCAAAGAUGCGGAGAGGUUUAAGCCCUGCAGCCCGAGGCUCUGUUCGUACCAGGUGGCGUCUCAGCGUGGUUUCUCUGUCUGGGCUCCUGCUACAGGGGCGGGCGCUGCCAGCGGCCAGCCGGAGGGGAUCCUGUGGACGUCGGCGCUGGACAAGAAGGCGGAGGACUCUCUGGGGGAGAGGAAGGACAAGCCCUCCUGGAAGAGGUUAAAGCACCUGCACCAGGAGAAGGUCAACCGCCUCCGGCACCAGAACCGGAUCAACGUCCGCGGCACCGACGUCCCCGACCCCGUCGCCACCUUCGCGGAGCUGGCGGAGGAGUACCAGGUCGACCCGCGGCUCAUCCAGAACAUCCGCGCGGCGGGGUUCCAGACGCCCACCCCCAUCCAGAUGCAGGCCAUCCCCCUCAUGCUGCAUAACCGGGAGAUCCUGGCCUGCGCGCCCACGGGCUCCGGGAAGACGGUGGCCUUCUGCCUGCCUGUCCUCGCCCACCUGCGCAAGCCUGUCAACAAAGGCUUCCGGGCUCUCGUCAUCUCCCCCACCAGAGAGCUGGCCAGCCAGACCUACCGAGAGCUUCUCAAGCUGUCCGAGGGAGUGGGCUUCCGGGUGCACAUGAUCCACAAAGGAGCUGAUGCCGCCAAGAAAUUUGGACCCAAGUCUGCCAAGAAAUUUGACAUCCUGGUGACGACUCCCAACAGGCUGAUUUACCUCCUGCAGCAGGACCCCCCGGCUGUGGACCUGGGCAAUGUGGAGUGGCUGGUCGUGGACGAGUCCGACAAGCUCUUCGAGGACGGGAAGACGGGCUUCAGGGACCAGCUGGCCACGAUCUUCCUGGCCUGCACCUGCCCCCGGGUCAGGAGGGCCAUGUUCAGCGCCACCUUCGCCCCCGACGUGGAGCAGUGGUGCCAGCUGAACCUGGACAGCAUGGUGUCCGUCUCGAUCGGCCAGAGGAAUUCGGCCGCUGAGACGGUGGAGCAGGAGCUGCUGUUCGUGGGCACGGAGAACGGGAAGCUGCUGGCGAUGAGGGAUCUGGUCAAGAAGGGCUUCCACCCGCCGGUGCUGGUGUUCGUGCAGUCCAUCGAGCGCGCCCGCGAGCUCUUCCACGAGCUGGUCUACGAGGGCAUCAACGUCGACGUCAUCCACGCUGAGCGCACGCAGCAGCAGGUAUCCCCCGGCGCCCCGUCCCCAGGGGGCACACAACUGCCUCCAGAACCGUGAAACCCAAGGGGACGCUAAAAGACGUGCGAAUAGACGUGCAUAUCGGCACGGGGACAGUCACCGGCUGGGAAACGCCAUCAGAUUUUGAUUUG